GGCGGCUGGAGGGGGCGGGGCGGGGGCAAGUGUGGCUUUUUUGCCUCAUUGUCCCCUCGCGCCGGCCAGGCGUCGCGCAGGCUGCCGGCACCAUGAAGAUCUGGACUUCGGAGCACGUCUUUGACCACCCGUGGGAAACCGUCACAACAGCGGCAAUGCAGAAAUACCCGAACCCCAUGAACCCGAGCGUGGUUGGGGUGGACGUGCUGGACAGACACAUAGACGCCUCCGGGAGGCUGCACAGCCAUCGCCUCCUCAGCACGGAGUGGGGACUGCCUUCCAUUGUGAAGUCUCUUAUCGGUGCGGCAAGAACGAAAACCUACGUGCAGGAACAUUCUGUGGUUGAUCCCGUAGACAGAACAAUGGAACUCAAGUCUACUAAUAUUUCAUUUACAAAUAUGGUUUCAGUAGAUGAGAGACUUAUAUACAAACCACAUCCUCAGGAUCCAGGAAAAACUAUCUUGACUCAGGAAGCCAUAAUCACCGUGAAAGGAGUCAGUCUCAGCAGUUACCUCGAAGGACUGAUGGCGAGUACGAUAUCUUCGAAUGCGAAUAAGGGCCGAGAAGCAAUGGAAUGGGUAAUUCACAAGUUAAAUGCGGAGAUUGGAGAGUUGGCGGCGUCGGCGAGAACGAGCAGAAGGACACCGAUGGCGGCGGCGGCGUUUGCAGAGGAGUGAGGAUGGAAGGCGGGUCUGGACCCGCGCCCCCGCCCCAGGUCUCUGCAAGCUGGCAGCGUAUUUAUUUGUUAUUUAAAAAAAUAAAACUAUAUUUUAGGUAGAUUUUUUUUUUUUAAUUAAGCUGAAGAACAGCUAUAUGACUUCUGAUCCACACACAGAGGUGCAGGGUUUCUAAAUAAAAGGGAUCAUCCAGAAGUAGUACUGUUUGUAGUGACCGUCUAAUUGUGAGGAUUCCAGUAUUUAUGUGAAAUAUUAACAAUUCUUGCAAAGCCCUUGGAAAGUCCUAUUGGCACGGUCAGUCUCCCUUAAGGCAGAAUUUCAAAGCGUUUCUGUGCAUUGGAACUCUUCCUGGCUUUGGACCAACCCCAGAGCACAGCCACCUGAGGCCGCACGUGCAGCGACCGAGCUGCAGUAAGUGACCUUCCCGAGCGGGCGUGAGGGGCUGCUCUUUAAAAGGAGAAUCACGUAGUAUUAAUUUGUAUAAAAUAAUUUGCUCUGCUAUAAACUACCAUUAAAACCUCACAGUGUUUGGUUUUGGUACUUAAGUGACAUUUGCGGAGUGAAAAGUCCCACUAGAAUACGCGACUCCCAAGGGCAACACAAAGAGUUUUAUUGUAUAAAAGAGUAACAUAUUAAUUUGCCAAACUUCUGUGACUUGGGGAAAGGCAUUACCUUCCUUGGAUUUGUGCUCUGUGACUUAGCAUGCCAUCCCGUGGGCUGGUGACGUUCACUGAAAAAUCAAGCCGUUACCGAAAUCUCGCAGCACUCCGACCUUAUACAGAAGAACAGCUGUUCACAUCUUCCCGCAGUUCACAUUUGCCGUGUGUCAAAAUCCUGGCUCUGUAAUUGCUAAAGCAUGAUAUGUCAGGUUAUUUGAAUAUAAUUACUUUUUGAAGCAAUUGUGACCACAAAACAUCGUUUUUACAUGAGCUGUACAUCAUUUGAAAUUACUCAAAUGAUGUCUUUCUGAAGCAUAAAUCCCAGGUACUUAGUGUUUUUAAUAAUAUGGUGGGGGCGGUGGGGAAGAAAAAGAAUAGUAAUGAGAAAAGAAACAUUGACCUAAACCAACGACUAUGUGAAUUGCUUUGCAGCUUUUCCUUAUGGGAAAUCCUUACUUUGGAUACCAGGGGGCAGCUGCAGGCUGAGAAGCAAAAUGUAUUUCCCGUUCUGUCGGCAGGCAGGUACCAACCAGUAACUAAGGUCUCUGGUACUUGCAGUUACUGCACACAGAGUAUAUUUCUUAGAAGGUGAUUAGCUCUUGUCUUCAUGUUACAGUGCUUAAUGUAAUAAACUCCUCAGGUUUCCUGCAAAAGAAACCAGUUAAUACAUGUACAUAAACCACAGAAAUAGUAGAGCAAACGAUUUAAAAAUUAGUGUUUUUCUACAUAAGGUAUUGUUUAGCUUAAGACGUCUUAGGACCUUUUUAAAAGCAACUGAAAUCCAAUAAGGUUUUCAAUUAUUUUUUGUAACUGGAGAUAAUUUUUACAAUCGAAGUAACAUUUCAAUUAAAACAUUGGAAAAUAUUGAUACUUGAUAAAGUUGCCUUGUAUAAUUUCUAUAAUCCAUACUUGUGAGAAAGGUGUAAUGCCCUAAAUGAUAAAAAGAUUUCUGAAUAAAUUUUUUUGGUUUGA